AUGUCCGCCAAGAAUGAAUACGCGGAGCAUACGGAGGAACCAGCUAAGAGUUCAAAUGCGCCAUCGGGACACGCAGAGGGAAAUGCGCUUCUCGUAGACGCCCAUGGGAAUAUCAGACGGCUUCCAGUUCCUUCGAGUAACCCCAAUGACCCUCUUAACUGGAAGCCUUGGCAGAAAUGGGCAGUGAUUGGGACAUGUUGCUGGUUUUCUAUCAUGGGCUUGGCAUUGAUUGGUGGCCUAGGACCAAUCUUGGGCAUCUUCUUCCAGCUCUAUGGUCCACAGGGAUAUGGGCCAUCUCAAAUUGCAUUUCUCCUUACUCUGCCAUCUCUUUGUGUUGGCCUCGGCAACUUCAUCAUCCUGCCCGUGGCGCUGGCAUAUGGCCGACGUCCAGUCUUCCUAGUCUCGACUAUUAUCCUUCUCGUUGCAACGAUAGGCUCAGCGGCUCAAAACAGCUACAAUGGCCACCUGGCAAGUCGUGUCAUGCAAGGCCUUGCCACCGGUGCUUCCGAGUCGCUGCUGCCGCUGAUGCUUACCGAAGUUACCUUUCUUCAUGAGCGCGGGCGCGUGUUUGGCUUAUACUGGACGGUUCAGAAUGUACUCAGCAGCACGAUGGGUUUGACCAGCAGCUAUGAAGCUGCAGCUCUUGGCUGGCGAUGGUACUACUGGGUGUUCGCUAUACUAGUCGGCGUGGGGCUGGUACUAGCCUGUCUGUUUGGAUUCGAAACUCGCUUCCAGAGACCAGUUGUCAGUCUCGAUGGAAGAGCUGUGCUGACAGAUGACUUUGGGGUCACGCAUGUCGUUCCGGAUAGCGAGGCUCAGGAGUAUCUCGAGCGUCAUGGCAUCGAAGACCAGCGCGGCGACGAGGCUGACGUGCCGUUGAAGACUUAUGCUCAGAUGCUAAAGCCAUGGGGCAAUUCCCACAAGACUCCAGGACAGAUCAUGUUGCUGUCAUUGCUGCGUAUGGCGCAGAGCAUGACUUCUCCCGCUAUUCUCUUCACGGUCCUUGCCAGCUCAAUCACUCUCGCCUGCGUGGUUGACGUCUCACUAACCUACGAUGCCGUUCUCCAGCAAUAUGGAUGGAAUCCAAAGGACAUUGGUCUCAUCAAUCUUGGUGGCAUCAUUGGUGGGUUGCUGGGUGCUGCUUACUGCACCUUGCUAGGCGAGCCUUUUAUCAUAUGGAUGGCCAAACGGAAUCACGGUAUCCACAAGCCGGAACACAGACUAAUUGUUUUGAUGCCUGUGGCCAUCCUCGGGUUUUCGAUGCUUAUCCUCUAUGGGUUCAUGGCAACAGCAGCAUUUGAAGGAGGUGGUUCGUACUGGGGGAUCCUGGUUAGUUGGACUCUCUUCCAGGUGACAUUUACCAGUGUGCUUAUUGUCACAACUACUUUCGCUGCUGAGGCUAGUCCCAAACACCCAGGACCAGCUCUUGUUAUGGUCAUUGGAACUAAGAAUAUUGUGUCAUUUGGAGUCGCAUACGGACUAACAGACAUGGUGCAACAUGGAGGUUACACGUGGACCUUUGGGGUACUGGCUGGCAUCUUUGGGGCAAUUUUCGUCCUUGGAAUUCCUAUCUACAUGCUUAACCCGAAAUGGAGGAGAUAUGUUACAAGGGCUGAGGAGAAGAAGGGCAUUACUACCACAGAUUAA